AGCACGGAGCGGAGACACCGGAGACACCGGGGGGAGGCUGUCCGAGGGCCGGAGAGGGCGAGGAGGCUGCUGCCGACGGAGACCAGGAUGGGCGACAUUGCAGAGGACGAGGCGAGCUUCUACUCCAACGCCGAGGACUACUGGAGGGACGUUGCUCCCACCGUGGACGGGAUGCUGGGAGGCUACGGCAGCAUCUCCAGCAUCGACGUCAACGGAUCCAAGGCCUUCCUGCAGAAGUUCCUCGGGGACGGUGAGGGGAAGACGGGCUCCGGCUGCGCUCUGGACUGCGGCGCCGGUAUCGGUCGGAUCACCAAGCGGCUGCUGCUGCCGCUGUUCAAGACGGUGGACCUGGUGGACGUGACGCAGGAGUUCCUGGACAAAGCCAGGCCCUACCUGGGAGAGGAAGGGAAGCGGGUCGGGAACUACUUCUGCUGCGGCCUGCAGGACUUCAAGCCGGAGGUGGGACGCUACGACGUGAUCUGGAUCCAGUGGGUCAUCGGUCACCUGACCGACGACCACCUGGUGGACUUCCUGCGCCGCUGCCAGAAGGCUCUGCGUCCCAACGGCCUCGUGGUCAUCAAGGACAACGUCUCGUACGAGGGCGUCGUCCCCGACGAGGUGGACAGCAGCGUCUGCCGGGACAUGGACAUCUUACGCCGCCUGGUGGACCGAGCCGGACUCCGCAUCGUCCACGAGGAGCAGCAGAAGGACUUCCCCAAAGAGAUCUACCAGGUCCACACGCUGGCGCUGAGGUAGAGCCGGAGCGUCCUGGAGCUGUUAAAGCCAGAGACACGGUUGUUCUGGACUCCUCAUCGGACUGACGUGAUUGGACGGCUGCUGGACUUGGCCCGGCUGCGUCCUGGAGUUUGUACAGAACCACCGGUUUUAACGAGAACAACGUCCAGGUUCUGGCUUCUGGACACGUUCCUGCUUUUAUCUGGUUGUUUACUGAAACGUUUGAGCUGCAGAUGUGACACGAGGCCGUUUACAGACAGAACCUCUGCUGACGGACUGAUUAGUGAUUCUAAUUAAAACAUCAUUAAUGAAGAA